AACACAUAUAUUCACAGUAACUCAGCUCAUAGCAAGUCAAAGUAAGUCAAAUCAUAUCUCCAAUGGCUCAAGAAUCAACGAAACGACCCUUGAAAAUCAUCGCCGGCGCCGAUUCAUUCGGCUGCAACCUCAAAGACACCUUACUCUCCCAACUCCGCGCUCUCAACAUCGAAGUCGAAGACCUCGGCACCGACAAAUACUACUCCGUCGGCGAAGAAAUCGGCCGCCGAGUUAGCCAAGCCGCUAAUAAUAACCCCGCCGUCGAGACACGUGGACUCGUCGCCUGUGGUACCGGCGUCGGAGUUGCCAUCUUCGCUAACAAAUUCCCCGGCGUUUAUGCAGCCACGUGUCUCAACCCUGAUGAAGCCCGCAAUGCUCGUUCCAUCAAUAAUUGCAACGUUCUCGCCGUCUCCGGCAUGAAUACUACGCCGGAAGUAGCUGCCGAAGUUCUCAAGACGUUUCUAGAAACACCCUUUAGGUCUCCCUGCCCGGCUUCUGGAUCAAACCCAUGGCCUGACGAAAUUGACCAAUUCUUGGAAAAUUCGAUUACUGAAAUGUCAAAGAUUGGAACUUUGGGGCCAUCUCUGGAAAGUGGAGAAAAAGGGGAAUCUGGGAAUUGUAAUCUAUGUUCUUUGGUAAAGGACAGAGAGUUUAAGCCAGUGGAAAUAAUGCCAGGUGGGUCAAUGACAAUAGUGAGGGAGAGUCCUACUUCAGCUUUUGUGAAAUUCACUGCAGGGAGUGUUGAGCCAGCUCAUCACCAUACAUUUGGGCAUGAUCUUGUGGUGUUCAAGGGGAGUAAAAGGGUGUGGAAUUUGAGUAAAGGGAAGAAAUAUGAUUUGGGUGUUGGAGAUUAUUUGUUUACUCCAGCUGGGGAUGUACAUAGGGUGAAGUAUUUGGAAGAUACAGAGUUCUUUCUCAAGUGGGAAGGGCAGUGGGAUUUGGUCUUUGAUGAGGAUCAUGCUGCUGCAAAUGCUGCAAUUGAUGAGGAAAAGGAGAAUUGAUUGAGUUCUUUUGUUGCAAUGUUUUAUUAGAGGGAUUCUGUUUUGGUAUGUCAAUGUACUAGGGUUGAUUUCCUUCCUUAAAAUAAGUCAGUUGUGGUCUAUAACAGUUGUUUUAAUCUUGUAUUGUUUGCUGUUACAUUUUCAUCUUUAAAUAAACAUGGCAUUUGGUGUUAGGAGACUA